UAGUAACCUCUCCCCAAAGUGCCCACCUUCACCAUGUCACUCUUUACGCGAUACAAGGGUUAUACUCCUUUAUGGCCAAAUGUUUCAACAUUCAGACAAACAAACCGCCAAUUGAUAUUUCUUGUACUGGGACAUGUCGUGGUUCUCGCUAUCUCUGUGGCUUAUAACGCCUACAUGAUCAAACGGCUUGAGCAUUGGUGGCCAACGACACCUCUGGAUAAUUAUCAGCAUCUAAAUACACAGCCGCUCGUCGACGAAGGAUUUUUCAAUGCGCUAGCAAAGCCAUCUUCAGAAGAGAACGCUGUCGUGACAUGCAUGUACACGGACUCCUAUGCGACUGCAAUUGCCAACCUUGGGCACUCUCUGAACAGAGUGAACAGCACCGCAAAGCGACUCCUUUUCUAUCUCCCGGAAAACAUUUCCCCCGACGCACUGUGCGUUGCGAGCGCUACGGGUUUCAUCCCACAUCCCGUCACCCGCAUUCCUCCUCCUCACAAUGGCAAGGGAACGCACGAACGUCUCAUGGACGCAUACUCGAAGCUCAAUCUAUGGACUCUCAGCGAGUCCGGUAUCAAAGCUGUCGUGCACCUUGAUGCGGAUACACUGGUGAUGCGCAACUUUGAUGAGCUGUUCAGCCUUCCAUAUAAUUUUGGUGCCGCGCCAGACGUAUACGUUGGAUUACAUGGGUUCGCCGUCGAAUUCAACACGGGCGUAAUAUUCGCACGUCCGUCGAUGGACGUUUUCAAUGACAUGAUCAAUAAGAUGCAAACGGCAACCUAUGACGCCAUCCAGGCAGACCAGGCGUUCCUCAAUCAGUAUUAUGCGGCGGAUGCAGUUCGCCUGCCCUACGCAUACAAUGCAAAUCUCGCAAUCAAGAAGCGCAAGCCCGAAAUGUGGCAGGACCUCAAGGGCCGGGCGCGCAUCGUCCACUACACCCUCGUCAAGCCGUUCCUCGCGGAGGCCGACAAUACUGGAAAGACCAUAGUCACAAUAGACGGCCUCGAGGACAACGUGAAGAGCAGGAUGGGCGAGUUUGAUGGUGUUUUCGACGAGGAGCUCCAGGAGUGGCUUGAUAUCUGGAAAGAGACGUACCAGUUAUAUGGCAAGAAAUUAAACCAGUGCAUGAGGGCUGGUACACCUUCAUGACAAGAGCAUUAUUUGUCUAGACGCUACUGCGAUCAUUAUAAUUGCUCGGGCUUGAUGCGUUAACCAGUGGGGCGAUGAGAUACAAAUUCAUUAAUUCAUUAGCCGUUCGGACACGGGCACGACCAGCUCCAG